UUUGUAUUUCAGCGGAAGUGAAAGAAACUCACCGGUAGCAAAAUAAGAUUAUUUUGGUUCAUUAAUAUGUUAAAGGUGUGAUGUGAUUACAAACAAUAGACAUGGCUGAAGCGUUAAAUGAUUUAAAAAAGAAAUACAAAGUGCACGAAGAGACAGAAAGCUAUUUUAAGCUAAGAACCGAAAAUGGAAAUAACAAGCCUUACUAUGAAAUGUCAAAUUAUGAUGAAGCAAGGGUUCAAAAAGAAGAAAUAGCAAAACAAUUUGGAGGAGAAGUAGAAUUCGAAGGAAGUGUAAAAGAUUUUACCGUCCCAUCACCAUAUGUCAAGGAUGGAGUUCGUAUAACAGUAUACAGAUCAAAGAAUUGUGCAUUAGUUGUAGCGCCAUCUGUGUUUGUUUACUUCCAUGGUGGAGGAAAUGUGGUGGGAUCGCGUAAAACUGUUGAUACUGUCUGUAAAAUAUUUUCAAGGGAUGCCCCUUGUGUUGUAGUAAAUGUAGAGUACCGAUGUGGACCAGAAUUUAAGUAUCCAGCCAACCAUGAAGAUGCCGUCUGUGUGGUACGAUGGGUCAAAAUGAACAAAGGAUUAAUAGGUGCUGUAAAUGAGAGUACAGUAGGUGUCGGUGGUGAUAGCGCAGGUGGGAGGUUAGCAGCUUCUGUCUGUCAUGAAGAAUAUAAUAUAAAUUAUCAGGUUCUAGUUUAUCCAUCAUUAGACUAUAGAAGAAAAUUUAAUUCAGAUAAAGAGUUUGAAAAAGGCCCUGUCUUAUCAAGUGAGAUUUUACAAUGGUUUAACAGAAACUAUAUAAAUGAAGCUGAUUUUGAAAAGCCCCGAGCAUCCCCACUGUUGUAUAAAAGUUUCAAUAAAUGUCCACCAGCGUUGAUUAUUAUGGCAGAAUUAGAUAUGAAUAGAGACCAUGGUUAUGCUUACCAUGAGAAGUUAAAGGAGGCAGGAGUAAAAUCUCAAACAUUUACAGUUAAAGGUGUCACACAUGGUUUCUUUGUUAUGCCAGGACAUUUCAAAGAAUGUUGUCAGCGAGCCCAUGAAAAAGUUUCCAAAUUCAUCAAAGCGAACUCUUAAAGAACAACUAUGGACAGAUUGUAAUCAGAUGUUGCUAAGUCAUUGUCUACAGCAGUGUACCAAUGUGUUCAUUUCACAUUUAUUUCAUUUUUCUCUUCUUACUAAACAGACCUCUUCUAAUAAUCCCUUUCUAACAAGUUUUAAUAGUAUAUAGCGUAUUGCAGUAGUGCAAAUAAUGGAAGUUAAGAGUUCAAUCAUGAUAUACAUGCAAAAGUUUUCAUGAUAUUUUACAAUAUAAGGAAUGUAUGCCACAUGUUCAUAUGAAUUUUGAUUUAACCAUUAAGCAUGUUCAUGUAAGAGUAUUCUGCCAGUCAUUAAAAUCAAAAUAUACACAAAACACUGAUCAAAUUUUACAUCCAAUCAUGAUCAAGACUUUUAUCACAUGACAUACAAAUUGAAGCCAUCUUGUGUAGUAUUUUAACACUGAAAUUUAAUUUUUAUUUCAUAUUUAAAAUUAAAUUUUAUGUCCUUGCCAAUAUGUAGUAGAUAUCUUAUAGAAACAAUUUUAAUACAUUUUAAUAUUAUUUUUAAUCUGUUAUUUACAAAUUUGUGAAGUAUUUUUAAUUAUUUGCAUUUAUAUUAACAAAUACAUGCAAGAUAUUUUAACUGUUUAUUUUAUGUUAUACUAUUUCUUAUUACCUGAUGUAGACUUAAGUCCAUAGUGGAAUAAUUUAAUUGAUAUUUUUUACUCUAGGUUUUAAAUUGUACAGAUGAAUUUGUUUUACAUGAUACAGUUUUUGUCAUUUUGAUUUUAAGACAUAAAUAAAUAUUACAUUGUAAAUUCUUCUGUGCAUUUUGAGCCUUCUAAGGGUCCAUAUACUUGAGGGUUGGGUUCAUUAAUUGGUAUUUUAGGUAUUGGGUUAUUUUGAGUAAGGAUUAGGUUUUAUAGCUAGUGUUUAAGGUUAGGUAUGGGUGAGUGUAAAGAAUAGUUUAGUAUAGCCCUAUAUUGAUUGGGACACCUAAAGAAAAGAAAGGCUCAAUUUUGCAGUAUGGCUAUAGCUAUUCUACUUUUUAUUUUGGAUUGAUAUGCAGUUCAAUUAAUUGCAUUGUUUUAAAGUAAAACUUGAACUUUAAUUAGGAAAUAAAUAAUUUUUUAUGCAGUUAAGAACUAAGUGUCCUUUUUAAAUCACUAAACUGCUAAAUCAAGAAAACUUCGGAAGAACAAAUUCUUUUACUGAGAUUUGCUGUUAUUUUGCUGUAGUGCAGUUUGUAUCAAAUUUCUAAAAGACCUAUUUUAAAUUGAUUUUUAUGAAAAACCAUUAUGGGAUAUUAAGAACAAAAACAUUAGAAAUCUUUUGAUAAUUGUUUGCAUAAUAUGACAUUAAUCAUAAAUGUUUAGUAUAUAAAUAAUCUAUUCAUAGAAUGAAGCAUUAUUUAAAUAUGACAAUAGUGACAGAUUUAUUAACUAAAGUGAUAUACAUGUAAUUGAAAAUAAAGUAGUGAUUAGAUCUAGCCUAGUUUGGAUUAUAAUUUAAUAUGAAAUGUAGUAAAAAUCUAGUCUAUAUAUUGUAAUUGUACUAUUUUGUAUUAAAUUUUAUUAUAUUCAAUGAUUUAAGAAAUAUAUAGAAAAUUCAUGUAAAUUUUAAUGAUAGUGCAAUCACUUAAAGAGUUCUACAUGAAUUCUGUGACAUUUAGAAGUUUAAUUGAUGGAAAAAUAACUGUUAAACAUGGAUGUAAGCAUGGAGAGAUUGAUUGUUCCAGGAAAAGAUUGUUUACUUUAUAAGACAGACAUAUUAAAAAGUUAAAGAUGAAAAAAGAAAAAUGAUUCAAACUGGAGUUAUUUCCCUUUAUUUAUUUAUUUUGUAGUCUUUUGGUUCCACAUGAUUUAUGGGUUUGCAAAUCUAAAAAAGGUAAUCAGUGAAGGGGUGACUAGAAGUUAUAAAAAAGAAAUUGGUCCUUUUAUAAAUAACAAAUCUUUGCAUAAACAAAUGAGUACCGGUAGGUUUAUUAUUUACAAUUGAAAUAAGCACAUAUUCUAAACUGACACAUGCAAUACCCUCAUUGGUAGUCAAGGUCGUUAAAAAACACCCUUGCCAUAUUUUAAAUAUCAUUUUUAAAACUGAAAAAUUACUCUGAAAUAGUUUUUGAAAGGCCUAAGGAUGAAUAUAUUCAAUCAUAGUUUCCUUCAUUUAUCUGAAUAAUUUAUUAAUAUUAACCAAUUUCAAGCUGUCUCAAUCUGAAAUCCUAUUAAAAUUGUGCCAUUAUGUUUUACAAGUUUCAUCUUUUAAAAAUUAAUAUAUAGUAUAUAAUACCCCAUUUUAAACACCUUUUCCCAUUAUUUUAGCUAAGGUGCCACAUAGUUAUUUAUAGAACACAGCACAGGUUUCAGAAACAAGCUGUACAUUGCUUGCAUUAAUCAGUUACCAUAAAUUAGCAGCAACAAUUAGUGAUGAUGGAGUGAAAGAACAAUUUAAGGAAGAAGUUAUGCUUGAGAAAAGAUGAAACAUUCUUUUAUUUUUAAACACAUUUUGUUGAAAAUGAUUUAAGAAAUGAUAGGAAAAUUGAUUCAGCAUUAUUGUUCUUUAUUAAAGAUCUGCACACUACUGUCUGAAGUUGUAUCGUUUAGGCAUUUAGUUCCAUUGUUAAUUUCAUCAUUGAUUUCAGAAUGAUGUUAAGAGAACCAAAAUUGCAAUUUUUUUGGAAUUGAUUUUAAGAUAUUUAACAUGUAUAUUAAGGGCAUAACUUAAAAUUGUAAAAAUGAGAUUUAAAGAUAUUUUAAGUGUAAUGUGCAUAGAAAUUUUCUAGCAUCACAUGAUUUUAAUGAAAUAAAGAACAAAUUGUUGUCAAUUCAUUAUUUUCACCAAGCAUAUUAAAUAUGCCAAAACAUGCAAACAACCAUGUGCCUAUUUGUUAUUUAAGCUUUUGUAUUUUAUUGUCAUAUUGUAGUUUGUUAAUUAUACAUAUUAUAGUGGCUUCUAGGUUGCUUUUUUGUGAAAUUGUCAGUAUUGUGCAAUUCUUUUGGAAAAUUUUAUUUGUUAAUUAUUGCAGAUUAAAUAUAAAUUUU